AUGGAGAUGAGUUUCCGUUCUAUAAGAGUUUUAAACCGGCUUUUAAGGAAACCUUUGGGUAUUGGAGCAUAUAGAAAUGUGACUGGAACCGCUGUUAAGGAAGAAAUUAACACGGAAUUGUUGACAAGUUUCAACAGAGAUAUAAAAAACGGUGGAGCAGUACCAGUAUUCCGCAGAGCAUUGUUGUUCCCGACCAGAGUAGCACUACAGGAUGAGUUUGGUAUCUACACAUAUGCGGGCCUCUACCAAGCCGCAUCGGUUCUCAGCUUUGAAAUAUCUGCACAACUUGUUGGGCAGACUGAGCGCACCAUAGCGUACAUGUGCAACAACGACGCCUCACACGUCAUAGUGCAGUGGGCGAUAUGGAUGACUGGCAACAUCGCCGUUCCUCUUACACCUCUACAUCCUCCGGAAAUGCUGAAACAUUUCUUGACGGACAGUCUCGCCAGUCUCAUAGUGUGCACUCAAGAAUAUGAAAAAGUUCUCCGUCCUCUUACCUUGGAGAUCAGCAAACCGUUACUGAUCACCGGCAGAGACAAGGAAAUUACCGCGCAGUUGUACCAACCUAACUCCUCCUUCCUGAAGCCUAAGGCUGAGGACACGUUGCCUGAUGUUGGCAAAAGUAAUGAUUGGUACGGGAAUAAUGAGGCGCUUAUUAUUUAUACCAGCGGCACAACGAGCAAGCCCAAAGGCGUGGUAUGGACACACAGCAUGCUGCAGACGCAGAUAGCAGCACUGCACACAUCGUGGCAGUACUCCUGCCACGAUGUGGUACUGCACACUCUACCGCUGCACCACAUACACGGACAACUUAACUCUAUGCUUGCUUCAUUAGCUGCGGGGGCCAGGAUCCGUAUGCUGUCGAACUUCGCGUCGCACACGGUGUGGUCGCGGCUGCUGGGCAUGGGCGAGCGCGACGAGGCGAAGGUGACGGUGUUCCACGGCGUGCCCGCCAUGUACGCGCGCCUGGCGGCGGACCACGAGCGCAUGUUCGGCGACGCGCGCACGCACGACUACGUGCGCGCCACGCUCGCCGCGCGCAUGCGCCUCAUGUGCGCCGGCUCCGCGCCGCUGCCCGCCACGCUCUUCUUGAAGUGGGAAGAGAUCUCGGGCAUGCGGCUGCUGGAGCGCUUCGGUAUGUCGGAGGUGGGCAUGGCGCUGAGCAACCCGUACCGGCCGGCGGAGGCGCGCGCCGUGGGCUGCGUGGGGCGGCCGCUGCCCGGCGUGGCGGCGCGCAUCGCCGGGGCCCUGCUCGAGCCGCUCCUCACCGUCGAGGCGCCCGCGCCGGAGACGCAGAUAUGUCUAGACCGCCUCGGCCUACCGUCCUCUAAGGACUUCUUCGUGGAUUCAGAUGGUUACGAUUGGGGCGAAUCUAUAGUGACCAGGCACAAGGAAGUCGAAGGAGACGAAUUCCAAGGAGAGUUGCUCAUCAAAGGACCAGCUGUAUUCACCAGAUACUGGAAUAAAGCACCCAAAUUGGACUCAACGGACUUCACACCAGAUGGUUGGUUCCGUACCGGAGACACAGCGAUGUACUCCGACGGCAAGUUCAGAAUAUUGGGACGAACUUCGAUAGAUAUCAUCAAAGCUUCCGGCUACAAAGUAAGUGCAUUACAAGUAGAGUCCGUUAUACUGGAACAUCCGAACGUUGCCGACGUAGCCGUUUUAGGCAUGCCAGACGACACUUACGGAGAAAUAAUCGCCAGCGUUCUAGUCCUGAAGGACAACACGAAAUUGACCCUCAAAGAGUUGAAGGACGAAGCCGGGAAGAAAUUGGCUCCGUACCAGCUGCCUAAAGUGAUGCUUGUAAUCGACCAGAUGCCCAGAAACGCUAUGGGCAAGUUAGAUAAAAAGGAAAUCAAGAGGUUGUUUGGCGACAAACUCGUGUUGCAAAAGGAAUAG